AUGGACUUCCUCAAAUCCGCGGUCGCAUCUGCGAUCGCCAAGGGCAGCUCAUUCCCCUAUUCGCUCGGCGACCGAGUCGACAUUGCUGAUUCGAUCUGGACACUUCACAAUGCCACCAAAAGGGAAGAUGGCUCGGCAUGCAGUAUCUUUACUUUCGAAAUUGCGUCUAACAAAUCCCGCCUGCCACUUGCGAAGAACGCUGUACGGAAGUCACGAACUUUGAGACAUCCCGGGGUUCUUAAGGUCUUGGAUACCAUUGAGACGGAGACUACUAUCUAUAUCGUGACCGAGCGAGUGGUUCCCCUUUCCUGGCAUGUAAAACGGAGGAGUAUAAGCGAGGAGACAGCCAAGUGGGGAUUAUAUACAGUAGCGUCUACGCUCAAGUUCAUCAACGGAGAUGCCGCGUCCGUCCACGGCGCCAUUCGCGCGUCGUCGGUGUUCACAAGUGAGAGCGGGGAAUGGAAGCUAGGAGGCUUCGACAUUCUAAGCUCAAUGAAUGACGACCAAGCGGUUAUAUAUACAUAUGGCAGCCUUGUACCGGACGCCGCACGGUACACUCCACCGGAGAUUGUCAAGGGCGGAUGGGAUGCGGUGAAACGCCACCCGCUAACAGCUGUGGACUCGUACGGCCUUGCGAUAUUGGUAUACGAGGUCUUCAACGGCAACUUUACCGGCGGGGACCAAGUGGGUAGAACGACAAAUAUCCCGCCUAGCAUGCACCAGAGCUAUAAACGCCUCGGCACGGCCAAUCCGAAGUUGCGACUUAAUGCAGCGCAUUUUGUAGAGCAGGGGAAGAAGACGGGCGGGUUCUUCGAGACACCUCUUAUCCGAUUAACCGACGAUAUCGAUAGUUUAGGUCUCAAGAGCGAGGCUGAGAGGGAGGAGUUUCUCAAAUGA